CCGCAGGUCAUCGGCCACUCACAUCAAAUAUGAGCGUUUCAUACUGUUGAACAGUCUCAACUUCUACAUACGACGGCGUCGUGAGAAUACCUAUCUAAAAAGGGUAAGUGCUCAUGCUUACUAUUGGUAUAGAGUACCUAUAAUCAUUCUUCCUAUUCAGGCAAUACCCCGAGGGGAUAGUGGAGCUAAUGUCAAAGUUACGUUGUUUACUUGGAAUAUUAAACUCAUCUUCAACAUGUAAACUUUCGUUCUAAUCCUCCAAACUCCUUCAUCUUCCAAGGUUGCCAAUAAAGCGACGAAUCUACUAACAUCACAAUGCGCAAAGAAAUCAUGUCAGAACCUACUGCCAACCAUGAGCUCACAAUCCAUACAUCAUCUCUCUUUGACUCCAAGAACAAGCGCUUCCAUUCAGAUUUCACCAUCAUAAUUGACACAAAAACCGGGCUAAUCACCAACGUAAAACGAAGAGACAACAACUCCCUACCAACUCACAACGUAUCAGGCCCCAAUGUAAUCGACCUCCGGGGCCUUACCGUCCUACCGGGAUUCGUCGAUGCACAUACCCACAUAUUCUUACAUUCAUACGAAGACGUCUCAUCCAUAAACCAAAUGCGAGACGAGAGUUUCGUCGAACGUAUUGUGCGUGCUACGAACCAUGCGCGCGCCGCUUUGGAUGCGGGGUACACUACCUAUCGGGACCUAGGCACGGAGGGUCUCCGUGAUGCGGAUGCCAACUUUAGAGAUACCAUCAACCGCGGUAUUAUCCCCGGCCCAAGAAUGUUCGUCGCAACGGAGUGCAUCGCGUCCAGUGGCGGGUAUGAAAUCCGCCAAGAAAAUGGACUCGCCGGGAUAGGUACUACAGCGCCCCGCAUCUCGGACCCCGCGGAUGGCGUCGAGGGCGUGAGGGCUGCGGUACGCAGACGCAUAGGGGCCGGCGCGGAUGUGAUUAAAUUCUAUGCGGAUUAUCGCAAGAGGGCAUUAAGAUUCCCGCAGCCGGCGUGGAAAGGGGCGAAGGAUGUUUGUUUUCCGCCACCCGAUGAUGCGUUUACUGGACAGCGAAGCCCGAAUGUGAUACUGUUUACUCAGGAUGAGAUGAAUGAGAUGGUAGCUGAGGCGAAGCGAUCCGGCGCCCCGAUUGCCGCGCAUGCGCAAAGCCCCGAAGCUGUCAUCAUGGCGGCGAAGGCAGGUGUCACGAGCGUGGAGCAUGGAUUUAUCCCGAGUGACGAGGCAUUGCAGGCGUUGAAGGAUAACGGCACGAUAUUUGUGCCGACUUUAUCGGUCUAUCAUGUGGUAUGGGGUGAGGAAAUUGUAAAGACUAUUCUUCAUCAUGUGAAGGCCGCGUAUGAUAAAGGUAUUAAACUCGCUGCUGGAGGUGAUACGGGGGCUCUUGCGCAUGGUGAGAAUGUGCUGGAAUUGGAGCUGCUAGCUAAAGCUGGGAUACCUGUACCAGAAGUUUUACAGGCGGCCACGCUACAUGGUUGGGAGGUCUGUGGAGGAGAUUUAUGUGGAAGGAGGUUUGGAGUGCUAGAUCAGGGAUUUGUGGCGGAUAUUAUUGCUGUUGAAGGUGAUCCUACUAAAGAUAUCGGGGCAUUGAGAAAAAUCAGAGUUGUGAUGAAAGACGGGGUUGUGUAUAAGGAUGAACUCGGGAAUGCACCUAGCGUAUACAAGAGUUAAGGUGCUGACGAUGUUUGUAAUAUACAACGGCGGACGGCGCAUAACUAUAGCGAAUAAAAUUGUUUACAGUG